GGAGGAAGACAGUUGCUGCUACUCGGCACACCAAACCACUCCAGUGGAGUCCAACACCGCCUCUUCUCCUCUUCUCGAUUCGAAAUCGAGUACGUCCGAAUGCUCUAGAACCUUCCGGGCCUAGGGAUCUCGAUGGGGCCCGAGCAGGAGGAGGCCGUGCUGGAGACCAUCUGGGACCUCCACGACAAGGUCAGCGACGCGAUCCACGCCCUCUCCCGCGCCCACUUCCUGCGCGCCGUUCGCCGCCGCUCCUCGGCCUCCGCCCCCGGCCUCGUGGACGUCAAGGGCGGGGGUCUGGGUCUCGGCGCGCGCGGCGGAGACGAGGUCGUCGCCCUGGCGGCCCUGGCUGAGGAGGCCAGGAGCCUGCACGCCAUCCGCGCCGCGCUGGAGGACCUCGAGGACCAGUUCGAGUGUUUUCUCGCCGUGCAGACACAGCAACAGACCGAACGAGAUUUCGCGAUGGCGAGGCUGGAGCAAAGCCGCAUCAUGCUCGCGAUAAGGCUCAAAGAGCAUCACGGGAGAAACCACAAGGUCAUAGACGAGGCGUCUGCCUUCGUCCGCGAUGUCUACCAGGACGUCUGGCCUUCCCUGUCAGCUACCAAGGCCGAGAGACGCGCCGACAGUUCAGGUAACCCGGCGAAGGGUCCGAGCUUCCUCGCGCGGAUGGUGUCCUCUAGCCUUGCUGUAGCUGGGAGCGGUUUCAGUCUCAAAAGGCUGGCUUUAGCUCUCGGCCUAGUCGCGGUGCUGCAGUCUUCAGGGGUCGGUGACCGCAGGUACAGGAGGACCACCAGCGAGAGGAGCUCGUCGUGGCUGGGAUCAUCAUCUCCGAGAGGCGGUAGAACGGGUCGUCUUGACGUGUCUCUAGCCAGGGGUUGAAAGGGGGGGAGGGCCUUGUUUUGUUGCCUGUACAUGACUCGCUAGGACGUAGUGUCGCAGUAGAAGGUUUGUUGUUCGGUCUAGUUGGUGUCUGUUGUCAUUUCGAUUGGUUUUGAUCGUGAAAACCGCAUCUAUUUUACGUUCAGGGUUUGUUGGGCGAUUUUGUACUAGGAUUUAUUUGCCGCGCUGCGGUUUGUGGCCUUGCACUGUAUGCCCCUGUGGCAAGGGCCAAGCUCAGGCCCGCUGCGGUGUUUUUUUGUU